AUGGCAAAACAGGGAGGACAUAAGGUAUUUCCAGCACACUUGGUAGCCGAAGCUAUUUCAACACUUCAUGGGCUUGACCUAAGAUGGUCAGGCCCUAUCACACCACACGAAAUGGAAUAUGUCAAACAAUAUAUUUUUGCAAAAUACCCUGAAUAUGGUAACGGCCUUAUAGUUGAAGAGGGAGACAAGAUUGAUUUAUACAAUCUUUGUAGCAACGACGAGUCGAAUUUAGAAGCAAGUAUGAGCGACGACAAAAGGAGGUAUUCUCCUAGAGUUAUUUCCAUAAAAGACUCGUCUUCACCUUCUUCCUUUAGUCCCACAAAUGAUCUUGAUGGCACGCAAUUAGCGCCUUCAAAAUUGCUAGGAAUUCUAAACAAAAAAUCUUCAUUUGAAGGUAACUUCAUGUCGAUACCGGAGAUCCAGGCACGAAAUAAGGCCUUACAAAAUUGUGGACUGCAAGAAGAUGAGUAUCUUGUUUUAUUCACACCAACUUUUAAAGAAGCUUUGGCAAUGAUUGGAGAAUCAUACCCUUUCUUUAGAGGGAAUUACUACAUGAGUAUUAUUAGUGAAAAAGAAGACUCUAUUAGAGAAUUCGUGACCACUAAAGAGUCCAAAGUCAUAGCGGCUCCAGAGUCGUGGUUGGAUCUACGGAUCAAAGGGUCACAACUUAGUCAAUAUUUCAGAAGAAAGAGCAAGUAUAGUCCUAAAGGACUAUUUGCGUAUCCAGCAUAUAUCAAUGGGACUAGUUACUCGAUGCACUGGAUAUCAGAGGCCCAUCGAAAUUCCUGGCAUGUUCUUUUAGAUGCGAGUGAAAUAGACCCGACAAAGGAACGGUUAACAUUGGCCCUUCAUCGGCCUGAUUUCGUGAUUUGUAGUGUAGAUAAUACACAUGCUCAACCGUCGAAAAUCAAUUGCCUUUUGGUGAGGAGAAAAUCGUUCGAGACUGCUCAACCUUUAACUGAGUAGUGACUCUUGAUAUCUAUAUCGAAAGGGUUUGUAAAACCUGUUUUGCGUGUUUAUGGUUUCUUUGAGGUGUAUGGGUCAAAUAAUUUUGCCAUAUUGUUUGUAAUAACAGAACGUUAAUUUGUAAUA